AUGGCUUUAGAUCUAAGAACCAUAUUUCAGUGUGAACCAUCCGAGAAUAAUCUUGGAUCAGAAAAUUCAGAGUUUCGACAAAGCCAAGGACCUGCUGUUCAGAGAGAAGAAGGGAUUUCUGAGUUCUCAAGAAUGGUGCUCAAUUCAUUUCAAGACAGCAAUAAUUCAUAUGCAAGGCAGGAAUUGCAGAGACUUUAUAGGAUCUUUCACUCAUGGCUGCAACCAGAAAAGCACAGCAAGGAUGAAAUUAUUUCUCUAUUAGUCCUGGAGCAGUUUAUGAUUGGUGGCCACUGCAAUGACAAAGCCAGUGUGAAAGAGAAAUGGAAAUCAAGUGGCAAAAACUUGGAGAGAUUCAUGGAAGACCUGACUGAUGACAGCAUAAAUCCACCUGCCUUAGUCCAUGUCCACAUGCAGGGACAGGAAGCUCUCUUUUCUGAGGAUAUGCCCUUAAAAGAUGUCAUUGUUCAUCUCACAAAACAAGUGUCUGCCCAAACCCCAAGAGAAGCAAAUAUGGGGACACCCUCCCAGACUUCCCAAGAUACUUCCUUAGAAACAGGAGAAGGAUGUGAAGAUGAACAAGAUGGCUGCAACAGUUCUUUGAAAACUACUCAAGUAAAUGAAAAUAUUACUAAUCAAGGCAAUCAAAUAGUUUCCCUAAUCAUCAUCCAGGAAGAGAACGGUCCUAGGUCUGAAGAGGGAGGUGUUUCUUCUGACAAUCCAAACAACUCAAAAAGAGCAGAGCUAGUCACUGCUAGAUCUCAGGAAGGGUCCAUAAACGGAAUCACUUUUCAAGGUGUCCCUAUGGAGAUGGGAGCAGGGUGUAUCUCUCAGCCAGAGCAGUCCUCCCCUGAGUCUGCCCUUACCCACCAGAGCAAUGAGGGAAACUCCACAUGUGAGGUACAUCAGAAAGGAUCCCAUGGAGUCCGAAAAUCCUACAAAUGUGAAGAAUGCCCUAAGGUCUUUAAGUAUCUCUGUCACUUAUUAGCUCACCAGAGAAGACACAGGAAUGAGAGGCCAUUUGUUUGUCCCGAGUGUCAAAAAGGCUUCUUCCAGAUAUCAGACCUACGCGUGCAUCAGAUAAUUCACACAGGAAAGAAGCCUUUCACAUGCAGCAUGUGUGAAAAGUCCUUCAGCCACAAAACCAACCUGCGGUCUCAUGAGAGAAUCCACACAGGAGAAAAGCCUUAUACAUGUCCCUUUUGUAAGACAAGCUACCGCCAGUCAUCCACAUACCACCGCCAUAUGAGGACUCAUGAGAAAAUUACCCCGCCAAGUGUUCCCUCCACACCAGAAGCUUCCUAA